AUGUCAAUACAUGAAGACGAGGAAGCUUCCUCUACUCCAUUACCGACAAGAUCUUCACAAGAUGUUAGCCCCAUACCGGAUGCCUCGUCAAUACCCUCUCCACCUUCUAGUUCCAAGCAUUACCCAGCUCAACCUCCGAUGACCAUCAACACUGCUAGACCCGCUUUGAGAGCAGGUGCAGAGUUGCUGGAACUGGUCAUCCUUUCUGGACAAAAGAUGGGCAACAUCAACAUACCCGAAUUGACCAGCAUCAGUGAAGAUACCACUGAUUUGCACACCACCGUGACAACAUUGGCCGGCAAUCACGUUUUCGUUCGACCGGAAUUGCAGUCAACGAAACUAUUACACAGCAUCUUCCAUUCUGCCCAUUACGAGAACUCCUCGUCGAUGGAUGGGAACGCACCGGACACCAAAAUGAGUGUUAGGACUUUGGAGAAACUCAGGCCCUAUGUUUCACUCUACUCUGUCCAUGAACAUGUCACACCGGUGUGGGCACUGACCGAUAAAAGUUGGCACGACAUGGUGAUUGUAUCACAAGAGUCUUUGAGCGAAAAUACGAAUCAUCGUAUUGUAUCUCUUUCGACGUCGGCUACCUUGUUCAAAUUUCAAUGGGGCGAUCAUACAUUCCAGUGGGAGCUGAAAUCGGCCGACGCAAGACAAGGCGAAUCGCAGCUAUCACCUGUGUUGCAAUCGGCGGCUCGAACUUCUAGUCACCGUUCAUAUGACUUACAAUGCUUUAAUACGUCCACUCAAGCACUGGUAGCUGAGUUCACAGGAGGCAUGCGUUCAUUUGUAUUAUGGAGUUUGCCGCCUACCUCACCUACCACCAACACUCAGGAUACACUCAAAAUGCGUGCUAUGUUCCCAGAUCCACCCAUCUCUGCUCUCCAUGAUAAACCCAGAAUCUCGACGGAAUCCAUUCCCAAUACCCACAACCCUUUCAAGCCGUCUAACCCCCCCAACGACACCACCGUGUCUCACUUCGCUACCCACCCCUUCACCUCCCUUUUGAUUCUUAGCGGACUUUUGAUCAACGAUCACGUUUCGUCUCUAUUGCAAUCACUGGGGGGUGGCAGCGAUGCUUUACGACUGAUCAUGGAUCCCGAGUUCUCUAGAGGUGCCAUGAACGAAUCGUCCAUCACUCGGCCUAUGGAGUCGAUUUCUGAUCCGUAUAUUUCUCGGGGUCGUCACCAUCCCAACAUUCGCCAACACCUUGAUGACGCUUCAAGUAUUGCAUACACCGACGGGCCAGACGAGAGCGGCUACCGUUCCAAUUCCAGGUACUCCGUCAAAAGCAUAGAGUUGAAUCCCGGAUGCUGUCGGUGUUAUUGGGGUUAUGGGUUCUGGUGGACUUGGUGUCCACUCUGCGUUCCAGGUGGGUGGUGCGAACGAGUCCUUUGCGGCGGGGGACGGCGCAGCAGACGCCGUUGGUAG